AAAUAAAAGAAAAUACGUGUUUUUGAAGACGAGUCAGUGGAUAUUCAUUCUUUGGUUUUUAUUUACAUUUGCAAAAGCAGUAGAGUUCAAUAGAAUAAGAAAUCACGGUUUCUCAUAUUGGAAAUGAUAUUUUCCGUUGUGUGAAUUUUUUCUAUGCAUGCUUGCAUGGCGAGCAUUAUACAGUCAACAGCAAUUGCAUUGGCAGAGAAGGUAAGGCAUAUUGUAUCAGUUAAUGGGGUUGAAGGUGGAAGAUGGCCAAGCCACGCUGUAAAGCUGCAAACACGUGGACGUACCAUAUCAACAAAACCUCAAGCUAUGCCAUCUAUAUUUUCCACCACCAAAUUACAGUGGGCGUGCCAUCAUGGCAAAAAAUGAUAACUUCGACAGCGAGGGCGAAAAAGAUCUGAGGCAAAACAGGCGAAGCAAAAACGUCAAGCGACUAAGAAACCUUCCAAGAAGGAAUCGAAGUCCAAAAAGCUCGGGUAGAACCAAGGGGAUCACAUAUGUUCGAUCAAACCCGCCCGAAGUGGAAUCUGCCCCCAUGCCUUCGCAAAGCGCUCAUUCAUCCUCAAGGGGCGAUACACAAACGGGCAAUGACCAAACUGGCGAUGAAAACAACUAGGUUCAAAGGUCCUUCUCUUCGCAACUGGCGAACUCCCAGCAGACUCCUACUGUCUCGUAGAUCCUGGCAAUAUUGCCUCUGCAUUCUCCGUUGUCGCCGCUUGGUUCGGACCUAGUCAAUUUGCCAGAAAGGCUGGUAAACAAGACCUCUACCAAGUCUUCUGAUGAUAAGAUGCUGCUCAACUAUGUGCCCAUUUACGUAAUGCUCCCAUUAGGAGUUGUUACAGCUGAGAAUGUGUUCCAAGGUAAAGAUGAGAUGGAGAAGCAGCUCACGAAGCUCAAAGAUGGUGGUAUCGACGGAAUAAUGGUAGACGUAUGGUGGGGGGUCAUAGAGGCUAAAGGCCCUAAGCAGUAUGAUUGGAGCGCUUACAGGAGCUUGUUUGAACUUGUUCAACACAUUGGCUUGAAAAUUCAAGCUAUAAUGUCAUUCCACCAAUGUGGAGGGAAUGUAGGAGAUGUUGUUAACAUUCCGAUUCCUCAAUGGGUACGCGAUGUUGGAGAAACAGACCCGGAUAUUUUUUACACUAACAAGGAAGGUAAAAGAAACAAAGAGUAUCUCAGUAUUGGUGUAGAUCACCAGCCUCUCUUUGCUGGACGAACUGCCAUUCAAUUGUAUAGUGACUACAUGAAGAGUUUCAGGGAGAACAUGUCGGAUUUCUUAGAAGCCGGGGUGAUAAUAGAUAUCGAAGUAGGGCUAGGCCCGGCAGGAGAGCUAAGAUACCCGUCUUAUCCACAAACUCUGGGCUGGGUUUUUCCAGGCAUUGGAGAAUUUAUUUGUUAUGACAAGUAUCUCGAAGCGGACUUCAAAGAAGCAGCAGCAAAUGCAGGACAUCCUGAAUACGAAUUUCCUAAAGAUGCAGGGACAUUGAAUGAUACACCAAAAGAUACAGGCUUCUUUGGGAAAAAUGGGACAUACCGUACUGAAGAGGGACAGUUCUUUUUGACUUGGUACUCAAACAAGUUGCUGAUCCAUGGGGAUGAGAUCCUUGAUGAAGCCAAUCAAGCGUUUCUCGGCUGUAAAGUCAAAUUAGCAGCAAAAGUAUCCGGAAUACAUUGGUGGUACAAUGAUUCUAGCCACGCAGCAGAGCUUACUGCAGGAUACUAUAACUUGUAUGGAAGAGAUGGGUACCGACCUAUUGCAAGGAUGCUAUCAAGGCAUUACGGUAUUUUGAACUUUACAUGUCUCGAGAUGAGAAACACAGAGCAACCAGCUAAUGCUUUGAGUGCACCUCAAGAACUUGUAAAACAGGUUUUGAGUGGAGGUUGGAGAGAAAACAUUGAGGUUGCUGGCGAGAAUGCACUUGCAAGAUACGACGCCACAGCUUAUAAUCAAAUCCUUCUAAAUGUUAGGCCUAUUGGUGUCAAUAAGAAUGGGCCACCAAAGUAUAUGAUGUAUGGGAUGACAUACCUACGUUUAUCGGAUGAUCUACUACAAGAAACCAACUUUGAUCUAUUUAAGAUAUUUGUGAAGAAAAUGCAUGCUGACCAGGAUUACUGUCCAAAUGCCCAGAAGUUCAACCACGAACUAGCUCCACUUGAACGAUCAAAACCAAAGAUUUCAAUUGAAGAUCUCCUAAAAGCGACCGAAGGAUUAGCACCCUUCCCAUGGAAUUCAAAAACAGAUUUGCCAGUUGAUGGUAGUGUUGGUCUACUUGGUGGUUUGCUGCAAAAGAUCAAAUCCCUAUUCUUCAAAUAAAAAUAGGAAUUGUGGAAAGGAACUUUCAAAUCCUAAAAAUGCCUUUUGAAAGCUGUAUUACAAAUUUCUACAAUAUUAUGUUUGAAUAAAAGAAUUUUCCUUAUCCA